AAAUACAGAUAUUAAAUAAUGCAACUGCUGCCAACUGUACUCACGGUCACUACCACUCACCUUUUGGAUAUUUUUCCCCAAAUCGGGUUUUUGAAUUUUCAAAACCCUAACUAUCUCCCCGCUCUCUCCUCUCUCUCCUCUGUCUCUCUCUCCCUCUCUCUCUCUCCCACACACAAACACUAGUGAAUUCGCGGCUUAGUUUUACUUGCAUUAAUUGGUUGAGCUUCUUAAUCACGAACAUGGCGGAGGGAGGAACCCAAGAAGCUCAAAUUGAGAGCUCAGAAGACGAGGAGAGAGAACUGGAAAAUCUUGAAUCGGAUGUGACUGAAAUGGCCACCAAGAUUGCUGAGUGCAGAGACACGCUUCCCAAUCAGCUUACUUCUACUCUCGCUUCGCUUCUUACGGCCCAGCGACCCGUUUUAUCAUCUUCUUUUGAUUUCGGGUCGGAUCCCGGACCUUCGGGUCACUCUGCUUCAGGAGAUACUAGCAGACAUGCUGAGUUGGGUGCAAGUUCCGUACAAGCAGAAGAAGAAAAGGAAUAUGCUGAAAAGAUUCAACUGCUUAAGCAAAAGCUAUCAAAUAAUGCAUCUGCCAUGCCUAAUGUUUUGAAAAGAAUGGAAGACUGUAUAUCUAGAAUUGACAAACUAGAUUCAUACAAUGGAGACAUCCAUCCAGCCUUUAAAAGGAAAAGGUCUCGCUAACCAGUUCUGUCUCAGCGUAGCUUUGUUUGGACUGCGUUACUGCUGAGUAAUGUGUUGUUAUUGUCGGUCAGCAAGUUCAAUACGGAAGAUCUGUGUGCUAGGGGAUUUGAUCAACCAAAAUCGCAUCUCCUAAACAGAAGAGUAAAGUCCGUGAUGUGUUGUAGUUACUCAAAAGGCAUUUGAGUUGUAAGAUGCAUUACUUUUGAUGAGCAAUUAGCUCCUGAUGGAGUGGAUGAACAAAUUCAUCUGGGCAUCCAGCUGACCUAGAUUCAGAUUAAGGUGAUACUUUUUUAGUAUUUUUGUUAAUAUUGUAGUAGUAGACUGUUUAUGAUCUAGCAAUAGAUAUAUAUAUAUUUGACUUGGUGAGUGUAAUUUUACUCUAGUUUAUAUGAGAUGAUUGAGCUAGAAGUUUGCACAA